ACGUGCACGUAGGACUUACCCACAAGAUUUGCCGAACAGUGAUUUCAUGUACUGCGCAGCAAACGAAAGUGGUGCAAGUACAGUACUAGUGGAGCACUGGUAAGCGCAGAGCACCAUGGCGGUGAUAGUGACGUCAUGCUUGGUUUUCCUGAUAACCUCCAUCUCUCCCACCCAUACUCCUCUUCUUCACGACCCCCCACGACACGAAUUAUAUCAUGCCUGCCUCUGCUGCCAUUCCUGGCCUUUUCUGCUGCUUUUCUGCUACUGUUCUGUUAGUGUUCGUUUCCGUGUCUGUACCAACCUGGAACUCUAUAUAUUUCCUCCAGGUCGGUGUGGGCAGCUCAGUGACGCGUUUUGGUGUAUUUGGAUACACUGGCUCGUCCACUGGGAUUGGCUACAACUUUACGACGGCCGGCUUCAAUUCUAGCAGUCUAGAUACGAACAUUAUUUAUAAUCUAACGAAAACUCUCAUCCUCCAUCCAAUAGCUGCCGGCCUUGCUGGUCUCGCAUUCCUCUUUGGUCUAUACGGCGCGGGUUAUCAUCGCGCAGGGACCGUCCUCAUGUCUCUCCUCGCGGCUCUGGCCACCCUCGUGACCCUUGUCGCAUGGGUCAUAGACAUGGUCCUCUUUGGCAUCGCUCGCAGCCAUUUCCAUGACCAAGCCAUCUAUGCCCAGUAUGGAAACGCAUGCUGGCUAACGCUCGGCGCCCUCGUCGCGCUCCUUCUCGGGUUUUGCGCCAGCGCCUGUGGCGUCUUUGGUAGUUAUCGCAAGCGGAAGGAAGCUUAUUAAAGAAUAGGGUCUCCCGCUAUUUAUUAAUGGAAUGCGGAAUUUGUGUACGUUUCAAUGCCAUCCAUUUAGUGCUUUGAUUUAUAUAGCACAUUUAAUUAUCCCUUUGUAUGCUUUAUGUAUCCGUUACAUUGCAAAAUGCUACGCAUCCUUGUGUUGGCACCGAAUAUCUAUC